AUGCCUCGCAGUCAAUCACCACGUCGUUCUUCAGUUGGCCGGGAAAGAAGUGACAGAGAAAAGUAUGAAAGGAGGAGAUCUAGGACACGGACACCACCUCACAUAAGGGAACGAGAAAGGGAACGUGAACGGUAUAGAGAUCGUGAUCGUAGAGAAAGACGUCGAUCUCCUGAGAAAAGUUCUCGUUCUUUAAGAUCUAGAUCUCGCUCGCCUGGUAGACGAGAUCCUCGGAGUGGUGAACAUGAUAGACGUGAUCCAAAAUAUGAUCGAGAACGAGAGAGAAGAAAAUCCAAAGCAGAUUCACCAAGAAAAGAAGAAGUCACAACACCGUCUGAAGGAUCUUCAAAUAAUCUCUUAGGUGAUAUUGACCCAGACGAAAAUCCCGAGCAGGCCAUGAUGGCUUUAAUGGGUAUAUCAGGAUUCUCGUCGACAAAAGGGGGUGGUUUGAAAAAUGAAUAG